AUGGAAGGCUCUGUCAACGAACGCCUUGAUUUUGGGAAGAUGGGAUAUGGGUGCAGGCAUUACAGGAGAAGAUGCGGGAUUCGUGCCCCCUGCUGCAACGAGAUCUAUGGAUGCCGUCACUGUCACAACGAGGAAGCGAACUUGUUGAAGAAUCCCCUUGAUCGCCACGAACUCGUUCGCCAAGAUGUUAAGCAAGUUGUUUGUGCAGUUUGUGACACUGAGCAAUCUGUUGCUCAAGUUUGCACUAACUGUGGCGUCAAAAUGGGAGAAUAUUUCUGCAACAUAUGCAAAUUCUUUGAUGAUGAUACAGAGAAACAACAGUUUCAUUGCGAUGAUUGUGGGAUCUGCAGGGUUGGUGGACGAGAAAAUUUUUUCCAUUGCAAGAAGUGUGGAUCUUGUUAUUCAGUUGGUCUCCGUGAUAAUCAUUUAUGUGUGGAGAACUCAAUGAGGCAUCACUGCCCCAUUUGUUAUGAGUACCUUUUUGAUUCAUUGAAAGAGACCAUUGUUAUGAAAUGUGGUCACACAAUGCACCAAGAAUGUUACCAGGAGAUGAUAAAACGUGACAAAUAUUGCUGUCCCAUAUGCUCUAAGUCGGUGGUGGACAUGUCGAGGACGUGGAAGAGAAUUGAUGAAGAGAUUGAAGCAACUAUGAUGCCUGAAGAUUAUCGAUACAGGAAGGUUUGGAUACUAUGUAAUGACUGCAACGAUACAACAGAAGUUUACUUCCACAUUCUUGGCCAAAAAUGCGGCCAUUGCAAUUCAUAUAAUACUCGCGCAAUUGCUCCUCCAGUUCUUCCUCAAUGA